UUUGUAAACGACGGUAAAUGUUGUAUAUUUUGUGAUAAAAUUAGGAGAAAGUAGUGACAAAUGUUCUUAUAAGAGAAAUAAUUAAGUUCACAACAGUAUUUUCUUCGUAUUAAGUACCAUCGUCGAUCAUGGUUCGAAGUAGUGACAAGGAUAGGCAUCAUAGAAGACGAUCGAGAUCACGUUCAAGAUCUCGUUCUGCUACUCCUGAAAAAAAACGACGGCGAUCUAGGAGUAGAGAUAGGGAUAGGGAACGUGAUAAGGGACGACACAGGGAGAGAAGGAGUCGUUCUAGAGAUCGAGAUAGGGAUAGAAGAGAUCGCUCUGAAAGGGAUAGAGAUCGCGAUAGAAAACGUGGAGACAGUAAAGAAAAGCGUCUUACAGGCUCAAAGUCUUCGCGUUCAGGCAAAGAUCGGUCGAAUAGAUCAAGAUCCAGAGAGCGAAAGGAGAAAGAGAAGGGUGACAGCGAUGAGUUGCCGUUUGAUCAUACUAAAUUGGACAAAGAAGAAGAACAGAAAAGAUUAGAACUGGAGAUGCAAAAGAGGAGAGAAAGAAUAGAGAGGUGGCGUGCGGAAAGGAAAAAGAAAGAAUUGGAGGCAACUAAGAAAGACGGUAAGGCAUCCAUUUUAGCAAAUCUUCAGUUGCCUAUGAAAAAGUGGUCCCUCGAGGAUGACAGUGAUGAAGAGACACCUGUUGUUCAAAAUAGUAACAAGGAAGUCAAAGAAGAUGGAGAAACAAAAGAAGAAGUGGAAGAGGUUAAGGAAGAAGCUAAAGAUGAUGAGGAAGAAGUUGAUCCUCUUGAUGCCUUUAUGGCAGAGGUUCAGGAAGAAGUUCGAAAAGUGAAUAAACUCGAUAAUAAAGGCGGGAAGAAUGCUAAUAACGGUACAGGUACAGGAGGUACACAAAGUGGCGGAGUUGUGAUUGUUACUGGAGUGGCUAAAAAGAAAGUGCAAAAACAAAAAGGAGAAUUAAUUGAACAGAAUCAAGAUGGUCUUGAAUAUUCUAGCGAAGAGGAAGGAGAAAAUCUUCAUGAAACUGCAGCUGGUAUUGCGAAUAAACAAAAGCGCGAACUAGCCAAAGUUGAUCACGCAACAACAGAAUAUCAGCCAUUCAGAAAAUCGUUUUACGUUGAAGUACCUGAAAUCGCACGAAUGACACCGGAAGAAGUAGAAGCAUACAAAGAAGAAUUAGAAGGUAUUCGAGUGAAAGGCAAAGGUUGUCCAAAACCUAUUAAGUCAUGGGCUCAAUGCGGUGUUACGAAAAAGGAGUUAGAGGUGCUAAAGAAACUUGGUUAUGAAAAACCAACUCCUAUUCAAUGUCAAGCUAUUCCAGCGAUUAUGUCUGGUCGUGAUUUGAUAGGAAUAGCAAAGACAGGUAGUGGAAAAACGUUAGCCUUUUUAUUGCCGAUGUUCAGGCAUAUCCUCGAUCAACCACCAUUAGCAGAUGGCGAUGGUCCGAUCGCUUUAAUAAUGACACCGACCAGGGAAUUAUGCAUGCAAAUCGGAAGAGAUUCGAAAAAAUUCACGAAAUCUUUGGGGCUGUCUCACGUUUGCGUUUAUGGCGGCACUGGUAUAUCGGAACAGAUAGCGGAACUGAAGAGAGGUGCUGAAAUAAUUGUUUGUACGCCAGGCAGAAUGAUAGAUAUGUUGGCCGCUAACAGCGGACGAGUAACAAAUUUACGUAGAGUAACUUAUGUAGUUCUUGAUGAAGCGGAUAGAAUGUUCGAUAUGGGUUUCGAGCCCCAAGUAAUGCGAAUUAUGGAAAACGUUCGACCCGAUCGACAAACUGUACUCUUCAGCGCAACAUUCCCUCGUCAAAUGGAAGCAUUAGCAAGAAGAAUUUUGACCAGACCCGUAGAAGUUCAAGUCGGUGGAAGAUCUAUCGUUUGCAAAGAUGUUGAACAACACGUGGUAGUUCUCGAAGAAGAUCAAAAGUUUUACAAAUUACUUGAAAUUCUUGGUCAUUAUCAAGACAAAGGUUCCGCAAUAAUAUUUGUCGAUAAACAAGAAAAUGCGGAUACAUUAUUGAAAGAUCUUAUGAAAGCAUCUUAUUCCUGUAUGUCGCUUCACGGUGGUAUCGAUCAAUGCGAUAGGGAUUCAACGAUAUUAGAUUUCAAAGCUGGUAGAACGAAGCUAUUAGUGGCCACAUCGGUCGCCGCUAGAGGUUUAGAUGUGAAGCAUCUCAUACUUGUAGUGAAUUACGAUUGUCCGAAUCAUUACGAAGAUUAUGUGCACAGAUGUGGAAGAACAGGAAGAGCUGGAAAUAAAGGAUACGCAUACACUUUUAUCACGUCAGAGCAGGAACGUUAUGCGGGUGAUAUUUUGCGCGCUCAUGAAUUAGCAGGUGUCCCCGUUCCGGAGCCGUUACGUCAACUUUGGGAAGGAUAUAAAGCCCGACAGGCAGCGGACGGUAAAAAGGUUCACACCGGAGGUGGCUUUAGUGGGAAAGGGUUCAAAUUUGACGAAUCGGAAGCGGCCUUGGCUAACGAGAAGAAGAAGUUCCAGAAGGCAGCUCUGGGAUUACAAGACUCGGACGAUGAAGAUAUAGAGAAUGACAUCGACCAACAAAUAGAGAGUAUGUUGGCACCAAAAAGGACGGUUCGCGAGAUUGCUAGACCUUCUGCCACCAAUAUCGCAGUUCCUGGCCAACCUGUGCCAAGUGCAACCGAUAAGUUAGAAUUAGCUAGACGAUUAGCAUCCAAGAUCAACAUAGCCAAAAAUUUGGGAGCUGAGGCAAAGGGUGCAACGCAACAAGCGGCCGAAGCUAUACUUAAAGGUGCUGGCCCCACCAAUCUUAUUACAGCGAAAACGGUUGCCGAACAAUUGGCCGCGAAGUUGAACACGAAAUUGAAUUACCAACCUCGUGAAGAAGAUCUCGUCGAAAGCGAUGUAGAGGCUGGUGAACAAACGUUCCGUAAAUACGAAGAAGAAUUAGAGAUUAACGACUUCCCACAGCAGGCUAGAUGGCGUGUUACGAGCAAGGAAGCUCUUGCACAGAUUUCGGAAUAUUCUGAAGCAGGUCUUACGGUUAGGGGUACUUAUAUAGCUCCUGGUAAAGCACCACCCGAAGGCGAGAGGAAACUGUAUCUCGCUAUCGAGUCUACUAGCGAAUUAGCAGUUAGCAAGGCCAAAGCAGAAGUUUCACGACUGAUCAAAGAAGAAUUAAUUAAGUUGCAAGCGUCUGGCGCUCAUACCGCAUCUCGUGGUAGAUACAAGGUUUUAUAAGAAAAAAAAAAAAAAAAAAAAAAAAGAAGAAGAAGAAAGAAAGAAAAAAAUGGGAAAAAAAAAUGGUUUUUCGUUGUACAUGCAAUUUUACGCACUACUAUAGUAUAUUAUUUUCAUUGAAUAACGUAAACGAGUAAAAUAUUAGAAAUUUAUUAAACUUACAAAUGUUUAUAUAAAA